GGCUGACUGUAAGCGUGUGAAAAAAGACCAUGUCGAGGCGGUGCGUGCGUUAUUUGGCACAGCGCGCAACCUCUGUGCCAACGUCGAGGCACACAUAGCGCGCGCUGGAAGCAGAGCGCUGUAGGAGGGGAGACGGACGAGCCACGCAUCCGCAUCACCGAGGAGGGUGGCGCGGUGGCAUCGCCUGCAGGAAUCCAGUUGUAAAGUCCACACACGAGGCAAAAAAUGCGCUGAGGGGAACCUGCCUGGCAGCUCGGCUGUUACAGAACACCUCACGGAACUGAGACAUCUGAAGAAGCAAUAAAAGAAAAUACAAAAAAAAAACGCUCCGGACAAGUUGUGAUUUCAGAGGGAAUCCGACUGGAGAUGAAUACCAACGAUGCCAAGGAGUAUCUCGCACGGCGGGAGAUACCUCAACUAUUUGAGAGCCUGCUGACAGGUUUGAUGUACUACCGGCCCGACGACCCCAUCGACUACUUGGAGGUCUGUCUGAAGAAAGCCAGGGAGCUCGGAGGACCGGACAAGGUGCGGUGGGAUACCUUCGUGGGCCAGGAGAAGAAGUCCCUUCCCCCUCUCAACGGCGGCCAAUCACGCAGGUCACUCUUCAGAAAUGUGUUGCCCGACAGUCCCAAUUUUCCCUACAGACGGUACGAUCGCCUCCCUCCCAUCAGCCAGUUUUCCAUCGAGAGCGACUCGGACCUGUCGGAGACGGCGGAGCUCAUAGAGGAGUACGAGGUGUUUGAUCCAUCCAGACCGCGACCCAAAGUCAUCCUCGUCAUCGGUGGCCCUGGCAGCGGCAAAGGAACACAGAGCCUGAAGAUUGCCGAGCGCUACGGCUUCCAGUACGUGUCUGUGGGCGAGCUGUUGAGGAAGAAGAUGAUCCACAACGCCACCAGCAACAGAAAGUGGAGCCUCAUCGCUAAAAUCAUCACCAACGGAGAGCUGGCACCACAGGAGACAACAAUAACCGAGAUAAAGCAGAAGAUCAUGAAGAUCCCAGACGCUAAUGGUAUCGUCAUAGAUGGGUUCCCUCGAGAUGUCGGACAGGCCUUGUCCUUUGAAGACCAGAUCUGCACUCCUGACCUGGUGGUGUUCCUGGCCUGCACCAACCACCGCUUGAAGGAGAGGCUGCAGAAACGAGCCGAGCAGCAGGGACGACCGGACGACAACCCCAAGGCCAUCGACCGCCGCCUGACCAACUUCAAACAAAACACCAUUCCUCUGGUGAAAUACUUCCAGGAGAGGGGCCAUAUCGUUACGUUGGAUGCCGACCGAGACGAGGAGGAAGUUUUCUGUGACAUCAGCAUGACUUUGGACAACAAACUGUUUCCCUCCAAAGAGCCGGCGGCCGGUGAGAUUAACGCUCCAUUUUAUGGUCCCAGUGAGCUGGACCUCAGUCUACUGGGGGAGACCAGCAGCCUGGCAGAUGUUGCUUGCAAGUACGAAGAGGUCGAAGAGGAGGAAGACAUUGGGUACGCUGAAGGAACCACAGACAGUUAUUGUACAGAACAGAAGAAACCAAAGGUCAUCUUCAUGAUGGGUGGUCCCGGCUCAGGUAGAUCUCUCCAGUGUGAGCGGAUGGAGGAGCGGUUCGGCCUGCGCCGCGUCGCCCUGGGUGACCUGCUGUGUAACGAGCUGCAGUCUCACGGCGACAGAGGGCGUCACCUGCGGGACGUCCUGGAGAGAGGAGAGCAGCUGCCCGAGGACACUCUGCUGGAGCUGCUGUGUGACACGGUGGCGGCGUCGGUACGACGGGGGAAAGGACUCGUGAUCUGCGGUUUCCUCAGAGACCUGAAACGGGCGGAGGAGUACGAGGCCAAGAUGGGGGAGCCCAGUGCGGUGCUCCUGCUGAGCUGCUCGGCCGACAUCAUGUCCGGUCGUCUGCAGUGUCGCCGCAGAUCCACCGCCGGCCUCCCCCCCGCCGCAGACAGAGACGGCGUCCUGCACAGGAGGGCCGAGAGCUUCUGCAGCGACAGCCAGGCGGUGGCAGCGCAUUAUGAAAGCAAGAAGCUUCUGCACACGGUCGACGCCGAGAGGCCGCCAGAUGAAGUGUUCGCACAGAUCUGCCAGGCGAUGGAGACCUUCUGAUUUGUACAAUUUCCCCAACACUGACCCCCAAACUCUGCUGUCCAGGAGCUCCACCUGUGAAGACCUUCACCCCCCCCUCCCCUCCCCUCUCUCUGGAGACUCACCCACACCCACAUAACUUCACACCUGCACCAAACAUCCGCUCAUUGAACUGCAUGUCCCCAAACACUCCCAGCAAUCAGUGAAACCUCUUUCUGCUUUCCACACUGACGACGCGCCUGGUUGUCACAUUCUGCUUCACCCUCUUGCAUCGUCUCUCUUACAUUGACCUCAAUAUCUGCUGCACAACUGCCGGGCCGAGGCAGAUAACUGUACUGAAUAAAUAAAGCAUUUCCCUGCUGUGUCUGAGAGCAUGUUUCCAGAUGAAUGUGAAAGGUCUCUGCCAGAAGGAGCAGAGAGUUCCUGCAGCGCUACAAAGUGGAAAUGUCAGUGAGAGCUCAUGCUCUCAUGCACAGCAACAUGCUCUGUAUCGUAACAAGCAUGCAAGAAUUACAAGCUUAACUGCCUUUUGUGCGUUACAUAACAAGCGGAGAAGAAGAAGAGUAUUUAAGAAUGUCUGUAUGUUUCCAAGCUCAUCGUGCAGGUGCUUGUUUGACUCUGGUAUUUGACAUUUAAUAAAGACAGUGCAUUUGCUAAAC